AUGACAGAUUUGAACCGCCCUCCACAUCUCUCCGAAUCUCACCACCCUUCGGCGUCGCACGACUUGCAGCAGAAUCCCCUUACGCAUGACACCGGACAGAGCGAUGCAGACAGCCACUAUGUGCCUCGUCCGAAGCGCAUCGCCUGCGUGCUCUGUCGGAGGCGAAAGCUGAGAUGCGACGGGAAGAGACCGAGCUGUGGCACCUGCUCCCGUCUCGGCCAUGAAUGCGUUUUCGACGAAGUUCGCAAGAAAAGCGGGCCUAAACGAGGUUAUGUGAAACAAUUGGAAGCGCGAUUGGCACAAGUUGAGAACCUCCUGAAGAAUCAGAAGGCGAAUUCCCCACCAGACCAAGAGGGCGGCUUCAGCGGUGCACUGCCGAACGCAUUGACUGAUACAUCCGAGAUCCUUUCUCUAAUCACUAAAUCGAGCGAAUUCCAAGAGCAUCAUGAUCGGAUUCCCGACCCGUUCGCCACUCACGCGUUCCAGCAAGCUGGCCCUUCCCACUCCCCCUCGGGUUAUAGCAUGGAAAUGAUAAGUCUUGGGCUGGAGGAGCCUCUUCCAAGUCAAGAGAUCAUUGAUGAGCUGAACGAUAUAUACUUCAAGCAAAUCCAUCCCGGCAUCCCGAUACUCCAUCGCCCCAGAAUACUGGCGGCUAUGAGUCUUGGCCCCAGCACCCGACCCCCGCUAUGCCUACAAUAUAUCAUGUGGAGUCAUGCGGCCUCCAUCAGCGACAAAUACUCUGGGUUCCAUUCUGUCUUCUAUGAGCGAGCCCGCAAAUACGCCGAAGCGGAUGAAUUAAAAGGAUUGGGUGAACAUGCAGUGUCUCUGGGUCACUGUCAGGCCUGGGUGCUCAUCUGUACUUACGAGUUCAAGAUGAUGUUUUUCCCUCGGGCGUGGUUGAGUUCUGGGAAAGCCGCAAGGCUGGCUAUAAUGAUGGGGUUGAAUCGAAUUGAUGGAGAAGGCAUUGACGUGAAGCAGACUUUGUCCGCUGCAAAAGAUUGGAGUGAGAAGGAAGAACGACGGCGGGUGUUCUGGAUGGCAUAUUGCGCCGACCGUUUCGCCAGCAUUGGAACCGGGUGGCCUGUCGUAUUCGAUGACAGGGAUGUGUUGACCAAUCUACCUGCCUCCGAAGAUUCUUUCGUUCAGAAUCAACCUCAGGAUUCAGUUUCCCUCGAAGCUGCACACACGGGAGAGGGCAUGCCCACCCUCUCUGCUUUUGGGGGUGUUGCCUUUAUGGCCAGCAUCUUUGGCAAGAAUCUUGCUCACCUUCAUCGGCCCAAUUCGCAAAGUGACGAUCACGACCUUAAUGGAGUUUACUGGCAGCGACAUAGGUCUCAUGAUAAUAUAUUACUCCACUUCUCCCUUACCAUGCCGUCUCAUCUGCGAUUGUCCGCUGCCACCACCGACCCCAACGUUAUCUUCUGCAAUAUGGCCAUCCACACGGCUACCAUAUGUCUACACCAGGCGGCUAUCUUCAAGGCCGAAAAGAACAAGAUGCCAGGCCCCAUUGCCACAGAAAGCAAGAGAAGAUGUAUCCUGGCUGCGGAGCAAAUCUCGAACAUAUUGAGAUUGAGUAGCCAUGUAGAUCCGAGCAAGAUGAGCGUGCUCACUCCAUUCUGCGUCUAUGUCGCUGCGCGUGUCUUUGUACAGUAUCUGAAAUUCCGACCAGACGACUCGGCAGCCCGCUCAUCUUUACAAUUUGUCUUUUCUGCGCUUCACGUGCUGAAGACUAAAAACCCCCUUGCGGAGUCAUUUAUCUUCCAGCUUGAUCUCGAUACCGCAGGCACGGUAUUGGGCGACUUCAAUCAGUCGAAGAAGGCAUGCUUCAUGAGGGCGGGUCUGCAGAGAGAUGCGGUAAGGGCAUUACUUUCUCGGGAGCCUCGCUGA